AUGAGUAACGUUCAGGCCGUGCAGAUGCUUUCUCGUCGGCUGCAACUCCUCAAAGCCUACGUGGCAAGCGUGAUCAAAGGCGAGUUGCCACCAAACUGGCCCCGACUCCGUGAAAUCUCCGCCCUCCUUCGGCGCCUGCCUCUAGUCCUCAGCAGCCUACAACAACACCAGCCAGCCGCACUGUCACCGAACCAGUUGGCGAGUGCUGGGAGCUCGACGGACAGGUUCUUGUGCCAGGCCAAUGACGUCUGUCUAACUGCUCUCCUGGGCAGUCUGACUCAGUCCAUGCAGACCCUCUACACGUGGCUUUCCCAGUCUACACAAGCCUCUUCACGACGCUCUGAUGGUGGCCCCUACGGAUCUUCCAGGGGCAUGAGUGCCGAUCGCAUGAAUGUAGGUUGCGCCGGUGGUGGUGGCGGCGGCGGUGAACUCGUCUAUAUCCUCGCGGCGGGCGAGGAAAAUUCUUGA